AUGACCUCCAAACACACACCGCUCCCGGCCGCCGCCCUCCCUUCUCGUUCGCCCAUCACGAACAAAAAAUCUCCAAGCAUUGCCUGCUCGCGGUGGAAGAACACCGCCACCAAGCCAAAAACACCCCCGUCGUCGACUGCUCACGGAGAAAAAAAACGGGCACUCAAGCUGGAAAAGCAGCAGCCUCGAGGUGGGAAUAGAGCGUCAAAAAAUUUGAAAAGAGGGCCCGCCGAGCAGAAAAGUCGAGUCUUGGAUUGGAGAGGGAGCGCUACAAGAAUAAGAAUAUUAAGCUCAAGCACAAGAUUUCGAGGGCUGAAAGGGAUAAUAAAGAGAGGGAGGGGGUUAGGGAUUGUUGAGGAAAUUGCCAGGGCGAGAAUGGAGAGGGUGAGGUUGGAGGAGGAGGUUACCACCAUAAGGAUGGAGAGGGAGGUUAGGAGGGUCAAGUUGAACGAGGAGAUUACUAAGAUGAGGAUGGAGAGGGUCAAGUUGGAGGGGGAGGUUCUCGCGAACCUGAUGGAGGCGCAGGUUCUCGCCCGGGGGAGGGAUAAUAAAGGUGUGGAGGGGGUUAGGUUGGAAAGGGAGGCUGAUAAGAUUAUGAUGGAGGCGCGGGUUUUGGCCCAGGAGAAUGUUGAUAGAGUUGCCGAGGGGCAGAGGUUGAUGGAGGAGGUUGAUAGAGUCCGGGCGGAAAAGGAGAUCCUGGAGAUGGUGAGGCAGGAGCAUGGUUUGAGGUGGGAGAAGAUGGUGAGGCAGGAGCAUCGUUUGAGGUGGGAGAAGAUGGUGAGGCUGCGGCAAGAGGAGAUGAUGGGGGUUUGGGGGUAG